GGCCUAGUUGUGUGGGACCAGCCGUAUGGCGAGAUUGUGACGAGGUGAUCCACUCUCUUCUGAACUACGACCCGGGGAAGAUGGUGACUGUUAACGCCGUGGGGGAGUGUUAGACAUCUACCGUCGACAUCAGGAUGAUAAUAUUGAGCCACGAGAAGGUGGAAAAGUUCUACAGACGAUUGGACCUUCCCAGCGGCCGCACCACACAAGAUGGCUACCACGAACAUCAGCUUGCUGGAGACAUUGGGCAACAGUUCCUCGGGGGCGCCAAUGAUAGAAGAUGACGAAGACGUAUGCCUGGCCACAUACGGAGGCAAGGACAGCGUACCGCCGCUCAAGCUGCCCCAGUUCAUCUGUGGGGUCAUUCUCACCAUCGUUGGCCUCCUGGGGCUGGCCGGAAACCUCAUCUCCAUCACUAUAUUGUCAAGACCCAAGAUGCGCUCGUCUAUCAACUGCUGCCUGAUCGGCCUCACCACCUUCGACAUGAUUGUCGUCACCACUUCAGUGCUCAUGUUUGGAGUCCCCGAAAUAGGAGAAUACACAAAUUCGAUGGUGUGGUAUACACAGGGGGUGUUCCAGAGAGUGACCCCCUUCAUCUUCCCUGUGGCACUCAUGGCACAGACGGGUUCUGUGUACCUGACAGUGACAGUUACUGUGGAGCGCUACAUAGCCGUGUGCCGACCAUUACGAGCACGAUCCCUCUGUACUUACGGAAGGGCCAAAAUCUACGUCAUUAGUGUGGCCCUCUUCUCCGUCCUCUACAACAUUCCUAGGUUUUGGGAAGUUUCGUAUAAGGAGUGUAACGUCAAGGAGGCAGAGUUUGUGAUCGUGUUGCCGACUGCACUGCGCACACAUCCGUACUACAUAGAGAUCUACAUCAUGUGGAUGUACCUGAUUGUCAUGUACCUCGUCCCCUUCCUCAGCCUCAUGAUCUUCAACUUCUUCAUCUACAGAGAGGUUCGGGCAGCCAACCACGAACGCCAACAGCUGAGUCGACUUCAGAAGAAGGAGAUCGGCCUGGCAGUGAUGUUGCUAGUUGUCGUCACAGUCUUCUUCGUCUGUAAUGUCCUUGCCUUCAUCAUCAACAUUCUGGAGCUUCUGGGCAUCACCAUUGAAUUGCUAACAAAUGCCAGUAACCUCCUUAUCACUAUAAAUUCAUCGGUCAACUUCAUCAUAUACUGUAUCUUUGGACAAAAGUUCCGGAAAUUGUUCCUGAAGAUGUUCUGCUCUGGUGUUCUAUCUGGUGCAGCAGCAAGGGAUGUGGCAUUAGACUCGGCAGCCUUUGGCAACAAUAGUCUCUAUGGAGAAUCUCGAACCUUGACAAAUGGUAAAAUGACUCAAACUAUUCGACUGUCGUCAUGGAAUGGGUCACACCAGUCUGGUAGAGCAAUGCACCCUCACAUCCAUGACCACCAUGGGCACUCUUGCAGAGGCACAUUUUGGCGAACCCCUCGCUACUCCAGCGUUCCCUUGGGCGACGCUUCCACUCCAAGAACAAAUUCAACUUCCACUCAAAGGACGAACUCCUCCUUCAUCUCCACAAGGACAGCUUCCGUGAACCGGCAAGUACCUCCAGAGAAUGUCCACAUCCUCUGAACAAAACACACUCUUUCCCUUCAUGAAGAAAUCUGCAGUUCAGCAUGUUCAGCUCAGCAUGACAUCACAAAAUUUACAUAUCAGUUAUGGUGGAAAGCACAUCACACUGCAUAUUCUCACUAGGGACUUGGACACUCGGCAAACAAGAUGCAUUUUCUUAGUUUUUUUUCACUUGCAAGUUUCAUCUUACCCAUACAUUUCCCAUUUUCCUAUGGGAAUCCCACUGACUAGUAGCUUUAUAUCUCUGUGGUGCUCGAUAAACAACCCCCAAUGAUUAGUUGAGCUGAUGUGGGUGAUGCUCUCUGUCAGGGAAGGUUGUUAGUUAAUACAGUAUGUGUGUGUAUAUGUAUGUAUGUAUGUAUGUAUGUAUGUAUGUAUAUAUAUAUAUAUAUAUAUAUAUAUAUAUAUAUAUAUAUAUAUAUAUAUAUAUAUAUAUAUAUAUAUAUAUAUUCAUUCAUUCAUUCUUUCCGUGUGUUAGGCGCAACAAGACAUUUCAAAUUUUACUAUUAUUAAAUUUGUUGCCUCACUCGGGAUCCUCUUUUUACAUAUAUAGCAUAAUAUGUAAAUAUACAAGUUGUCAGUACAUGGUGCCAGUAGACACUUUUUGAACAUACAAUAGUAAGAGAAGCCAAAUAAGUGGCACGACUCAAAGCAAAAUAAGAAAUCUGAACCUCAAGGUGAUAACUUGUAAUGAUAUGUGUAGCAGUCGUGCAAAGCUGAUAAUGAAAUGUGACAUGGUAAAAAGACCAUCGGAGAGUGAGACAACAUCCCAGCAUAGACCAAUCUACCAGGCCUUGGAAAAAAAACUGUCAACUGCUAUGGUGCUUCACAAAAAAAUCCUGAUUUAUAAGGUUAACUGCCAUAUUCUCAAGACUAUUUUAAAUUAGUUAAAAGUACUACAGUACAGGUGAUUCAAUGAAGUGCUUGAUGUAUUUGGUAAUUAAUGUUCUAUACCCUUGGAGAACUGACCCUUGUCACAGUAUUUGUAUAAUGUGCAAGAAGUUGAACACAAUCAAAUAUUUAACCGUGGCUCGGAGGCUCAUUUUACACAAACGUGUGUUAUUGUAGUUUUGUUCUGGGCUCAAAUACCAGGGCAAGGUGAAUGUGCCUAUAGCAUGCAUAUAGAUAAGUUAACUAAAAAGAGCCCCAGCAAGCUCACAGGUGCAAAGUGUUGCUUGUUAGGUGUGAAACGAACGUAUGAAUCAUUCCAAGUGAUUCUCGAGAUAUUUACAGAAAUUUAUUAUAUAUAUAAAAUAAAUUACAAGAGAAUUUUGUAAGAUGUUACACCCAUUAUAUAAAAUCAGAAAGGUCUAAAUAUUCUUGCUGUGUAAGGUAAUCAAGGUACCAGCGCACGACCAGCCAUGCUUAUGUUCGAGAGAAGACUCGAAUUGUAUGAAAAGUAUGAGAGUCCUUGAGACACAUUCAAGCUAUAGAGAAAUGUAUUAUCCCUGUUAUUUUCGUGUCGCCGACUCUACUGGUGACGCAUGCAUAUUGUUAAUAUAAGAAUUGUGUGAUAAGUAUUUUUACAGAAUAUGCAUAUACAUUAAAGUAUAACAUAUACAAAGUAUGUGUUAGCUCCAUUCCUUAUCUCAUUACUGUAUGUAUUAUAUUUUUUACCUUUGAUUGCUGGUAUGGUGAUAUCAGAAAAAUUAUAAGAAAUAUGUACAUUAAUAAAUAGAGAAUAUUAGAAAAGUCUAGUCAAAAUAAAAAGAAAAAUGUAUCGAAGACAAUAAGUACGUAUAAUUGGAGUAAAUUGAUAGAAAUACUGAAUUAUUUAUAAUGCUCAGUGAAAUUCUUUGUAAAAUUAUGCAGAGAUUUGUAAAAUUCCUUCUUAUUUAGGUUGCAAGUAGUAUGUGAGACAGCUAAACAAUGGAUUAAAUCCAAUAUUAUGAAAAUUUUGUAUUACCUAGCAUGAGUGAGUUGCUAAAUACUGUGUGAUAGCCAAUAUCCUUGCCUGUGCUCGAAUUAAGGUUAUUGACAAUCAUGUGACGGUCAUAUAUAUAUACAGAAUAUAUAUGUGUGUAUGUAUGUAAAGCCACACUGGUCUUGUGGAUCUUGUUUAGCUCUGUGAAGUGUAAAUAUGAAUGAAAUAUGGAAUUGCAAUAUUGGUGGGGUGAGUAGUGUAAGGUCUCCAUGUACAUGUGAUAUAAAGUGUUUACUGUUGUUGGAGAGUGACCCAUGUUGAUGAUAGGUUGGUAGUUUUUGCACACCCAUACAAGCAUUAACACAAACCCCCACCCCCCCUCAUCCCCCCCACACACACACACACCAUUAUUAGUGAUCAUAGACAAGGUCUGUCCUUUGACAUAGAUCACCUUCCCAUGUGAUAUAUACUUGUAUGACUGUCAUGAACCUAAUAUUAACUACAGCUCCAGAUGCUUUUGCUCUAGAAGGUACACUUGCCCUCUAAAAGUAUACACGGUCUUGGGAGGUUCACCUGGCCCACAUGAUGUACCUUCACAACAUACACCUGACCUCGGGAAAUAAUGUCCUUGGAAGACACAAAGUUAGGAGGUACAAGUCCUAGGAUAUGCACCAGUCCUAUAAAACAAAUGUCACUCCUUGGAAGGUUUAGCUGUCCAUGGAAAGUGCACCUGCUGUCAGGACAUACACCAUAUUUUUAACUAUUUUUUUUCCAGAAUGAAUACCUGUUUGGUAGGUGCAUCCAUCUUUGUGAGGCAAAUUUGUCUCAAGGAUGCAAUUUAUCCUUGAGAGACAAACUUGUUGUUAAGUAGGUGCACCUGUAAUAGAAAGGUUUAUAUACUGUAUGUUAUUAAUGGGCACACCUAUCCUAGCAACAAAUCUGAGCAUUAAAAAAAGAUUCAAGAUAUGAAACUGCUACUCCUACAAAUUGGUUUGAGUAGAAUACAGUAUUCCAUUUUAAUUUGUGUACGUUUUAACUCUUACCAUGUAAUGCCACUGUUACUUGCUCAGAUUUCCCACAAAGCUGGAAAUUUAAUUUUAUGAUAUAUUACCAAAUCUCAACAUAAUUUAUCGAUGCCUUUACUUACUACUUAUGAACUCAAUUAUGUUAACUCAAAUUUUGACACCAAUUGAUAUAAAUCAGCCUUAAGUACCAGUGGAUACACACUACCCGAGGAACACUUUCUUAUGGAUAAUUAUUUUUGCCAUUUAUGUACUAAAAGAAAGUUAUGCAUUUUAUAUUUUCUUAGCAAAUCUAUAUUCAUUAUUUGUAAUCAAAAUGUGUCAUUAAUCUAUGUAUUUCUAUUGCCGUUUAUAUUGGGACAAGGGAGAGGGGAUUCAAGGGAAACUAAUACAUGUUUUAACAUUUCAUAUUGCAACCCACUGGAAGUAGCAUCAACAUCCUCACUGCUCUACUCGUAAUAUGUAAGCCAGUCACAUUAACAAACCAUGAUCACAGGUGCUAGUUAGGAACUUGAUUAUGUACUGUGCCAGUGGACUGUCCUCGGGUUGUCCUGUAUGGGACGCACGGGCUUCAACUCCCUAGCCAGCACUUGCUGAUGUUAGGUUUGCAUGUCUCUACACCAUACUUGUACUAUUAUAACCUUGAUGUUUUCAUCUUUCACUUUUACUCUUAUUGUGACAUUAACAUCCUCUUUGUGAUUUUGUUAUCACUCAGAUAUUACGGUUUUUGUAUGCCAAUGCCACGUCUACGAUGGCGACACGUUUUAUCUCCUAUCACUUAUGUCAUUAUCUCGUGUUGUUGUCAAUGAUGAAAUAAUCAGUUUGCAUUUCUGAUACACAUUUUCAUGCCACUGUCACUACUUAAUGUCACUUAUCUAACCUACUGUCUUCUAAAUGCCAAUCAUGUUCUCAUCAUUAACACAUUGCCUUCACCAUCAUCUUGGAGUACACCAAAGAUCACUUUGAUUAACCCUUGUGUAGAAAAGAAAAAAAAAAAAAAAGCUUGACCUCUGUCUGGGGAACCUAGGUCGCCUGCACACCCACCCACAUACUCAGCGCUGUGAUGUACUCGCUAAAAGCAUAAUCAUAUACAUCUUCCAAUGACCUAGUCUGCAAGGUAUUACCACUCUGGUGCUGUCUGCAACUUCUAUAGGAAGAAAAUCUAAGAAAUUAAAAAAAUCAGAGGAAUCUGAUUUAAAGUACUGAAUUGUAUUUGUGAAUGCAGACAUAGGUUGUACUUUAAAAUACUGUACAUACACACACACAAUCACACAAUUACUUAAGUGUAGUUACAGGAUGAGAGCUAUGCUCGUGGUGUCCCGUCUUCCCAGUACAGUACUCUUUGUUGUAUAACGCUUUGAAAGUACUGACGGUUUUGGCCUCCACCACCUUCUCAAUUAGCUUCUUCCAACAGUCUACCACUCUGUUUGCAAAAGAAAACUUUCUAAUGUUUUUACGGCACCCUUGUUUCCUUAGCCUGAAUCAGUGUCACUUAGGUAAUUACACAUACAGUAUAAGAAUAGGAAGUAGAAUAAGAAUAGACAGUAAUGGAGGUACACUUGAGGCAGAGCCAGUGGGGUAGGAUGAUGCACCCGGCCCCGGGGAAAAGUGGGGAGACAUUCCCCCAGGGCCGUCUACCAAGCUUCCUCCUACCCCAUCCACCAUGCCUCAUGAUUUACACCCUCCAGGCCCCACCCACCACAUGUUGACAGCCUCUUCCUUCCCCCUUCUACCAUGCCUAAUGAUGACCACCCUCAUCUGUCACGCCCACCAAGCCUUAAUGACAUCCUGCAUCACACCUUCCAAUGCACCACACAAAGAGUGCAUAAAACUACACCUUCCUAAUGCAUGAUGAUGCACAGACCCAGCAUGCUGGCAGCUAUCAAGAGUUGAGAAGGUGGGACCUUGCUAUGGCUAAAACAAACCCUUUGGUCAAGUUUUAUUGACUUAUCUGCUGAAAUCUAGACUACUGCUUUUUUAUGUACAUAAAACUUAAAAGUAUUAGGUAAUUAAUAAAAAUAUACUUAUACAUUAUUUAAGGAUAUUUAUAUUUGAAGCAGAUUUCCACAAUUCUUAUCAUGGGUUUAUCCCCAGUAGCAUUAGAUCCAUUUAAAGAAUACCUCUUUACAGUACUACAAACUUUAUUUUGUGACAAACAGAAAUCACUUUUGAAUAAUUUACCAAGCCUGCAUUUUCUACUAUAAAGGCAAAAAUAUAGACCAGGCUUAAAGGUCUGUAUUGCUCAACUAGUCAAUCUUUCAAUCACUUGCCAAAAUGUAGGCCUCUAUUGACAGUAAACAGGCUAUGGUGUGAUUGUCAGUCCCAUAUACCAGCAAGUGUCCCACCUCGGAAUCAAAAACUAAAAUAGAAAUCAAACGGACAGAAGGUCGAAGCUUUUUAUACCUGAACAUGCUUAGUUCCCAAAACCCACCUCUCUUGGCACCCUCUCUGUGUACUGGGUGUGGUGCAGUGGAAAACAUCCAUGCUGGGUAACCUACUGGGUGCUGUGCAAAGCUUUGGAUGUACAUCACCAUCCCAAACACAUGACUAACUGUACUUAUAUACUUAGUCUUUUCGCUCACUGUACAAUUGUUUUCAAUAGAAGAUGGAAAAAAAGUGUAUUAUUUCCAUACCAUGAAAAGAAAUUAAAAGUUUUAAGAACA